AUGGUUGGUGAUGAUGAUGAGGUUCCUGUUGCUAUUGAAAAGAGGGAGCCUAAACCUAGUACUCAUGUCAAGUCUCCUUUUGUUACUGAGUUUGGUUCUUCUGAUGUUAAAGAAACUGUGAAGAGGAAGGGAGUGGAAGUGGUGAUUGUUAGAGGAUUGGUUCCAUUUGAAAAUGAAAUAGGGCAGAAUGUUUCAAAGAAUGAUUGCCUGGAUUAUAUUUCUUGGAUUGAGGAUAAAAUGAAUUUUAAGAAUAAGAAGAAGAAAUUUUCUGAUGUCAAUAACAUUAUCAAUCCCCCAAUGGAUUAUUCAUUUGUUAAAAUUUCUGAGAAAAUGUGGUUUUACAAGCUUCAAACUUGUGGGGAGGAGCUUAUGGACACUCAUAUAAAUGUAUAUUUUUAUUACCUGAGGAAGAAGAUUAAGCUGGUUGAUGGUUUGAACAAGAGGGUUACAACUACAGACUCUUGGUUUGAUGCAACUAUCAAGGGUUUGUAUGAUAACUUUGUGGCAGCCAAAUGUGAUUCAAGCAUCAUUCGUUUUGAUAAUCUAAUUUCAGAUUACAUUAUUGGUGAAUAUUUGUUUUGUAACACUCCUUGGGUGGAUGUGGAUCAUGUUCUUUUUCCUGUGCAUGUGAAGGUUCAGUUGCAUUGGGUUUUUAUUCACCUUUCCAUUAAGAGUAGGAUGUUAACUGUCUACAAUUCUUUGACGGGGAAGAAGAAUGAGAGUAUUGCUUUGCCAUAUGUGAAGGCUUACUCUGUUGUUUUACCAUAUUUUCUAGAUUUUCUUGAUUUUUAUUGUUCUAGGAAAGAUUUGGACUUGAAUGUUGGUCCAUAUUCUGUUGGGAAGAAAGAUCCAAUUGAUUUUAACUUUGCCAAAGACUUGCCAUUUCAAGAGGAUAAUGAUUGUGGAGUAUUUGUUAUCAAGUAUGCUGAUUUGUUUAUUCAUGGGAAGAUUGAUGACAUCCCGAAGAACAUGGCUGCCAAAAUUGCUACCUAUCGUGAUUAUCUUGCCAUUAACUUGUAUAGUCAUGCAAAAAAGAAGCAGAUUGGUGGGUACAAGACAGAAGAUGAUGCUCCAUCAAAGAAAUCAAAGAGGAGGAGGAAUUAUAAGUAGAGAUGUUGGAGUUUUUUUUUUUUUAGCUGUAUUAACGACCAUGUCUUUUUUUUCUUUCGUUGUUUAACAGUGAAGUUGUGGUUUGUAACUGGGUACUGUUUUAGUACUGGACUUAUGUAUGGUUUUUCUUUUUUUUUUUUUGGUCAAUGUAAAGAAUUGGUUUCAACUUUUGGCUUAAUAUAAAGUUUUUUUUAAUGUAUAUUAUUUUAAUGUGUAUGUUUUUUUAUUCAAUAGUGUUGGAGUUUUUUUUUUUUUUAAAGUGUGAAGAUAUUGUGAUGUACAUGUUUUUUUUUUUCAUAUAGGUUUCAAUUAUUAUUGUAUGAAGAUGGUGUAACCGGUUACUUCUGUGUUAGAUUGUAAAAGCUAUAUGUUUCAGGUAACUGGUUACUGUUUCUUUAGUUUUUAUUUCUAUUUUUAAAUUUUUUUUUUAUU